AUCAACUGUCAUAAUUGCGAUCCCGUAAUUUUUACUUCGUCGUAAAUUCAGUUCAUCGAAACUCGAGGUGGAUUUUAUUGGAUUAGAAUAAUGACAAAGGACGAAGUCACUGAAGAUACGAAUGCUUAUAGAGGAUUUAUUAAAGCCCUUUAUAGAACAAUCGAUGGGCCCGUAACUUAUUUCCGAGAGAAGGUUGUCGAGCCGAACCAGAAGAAGUAUCCGUGGUACCAUCAGAAGUUCCGUCGUGUGCCAACCAUUGACCAAUGCUACGAUGAUGAUGUCGUCUGCGAUUUUGAGGCGAACGCUCAGUUCAAACGUGAUAGGGCUGUUGAUUCCGAAAUCCUAGGAAUUCUGCGUCAGCGUUAUGAAGACUGCAUGGUCUAUGAACGCCCCGACCACGCUAAGCAAUGCAAACCUCUUUGGGACAAGUACAAGGAAUCUGAAGAGGCCUGGUUUAUCAAAUAUGGUGAUCUCGGCGCAUAUGCUGAUGCUCGCAAAGCGUACAUGAAACAAAAGCACCGCAUGGUCUGGGAAAAACGCCACGGACGCCUGUCGGACCUGACAGGUUAAAUAAAACUGCAAUAUAUGUGUUAUACUAUCUAAGUAGGUUCUGCUGUUCAAAUAAACAAUGUAAAUUAUAGCA